CUAGGAGACGUGGUAGUGAUAAUAGAGCAGACGUUGGCGGAGACUAUUUCGUCAUACACAACAGAGAACAGGCCGGUCGGGAAAGGUCCCUGUGGACUACAUUGAGAUCAUUCCCGAGGACGUUGAUCAGCUCCUGCUACCAGCUAAGAACAAGUCAGACCAAACUGCCUCUAAACCAGGUCAAAAUCUUCAUCGUCAGCUCGGAGUAUCUCGUAGGAAGGGAGUCGAAGUUCGCCAGAGGAUGUCUGGAGCCUUCACCACUACAACUGACACCUCUGAACAGAAUGGAGAUCGCUCAACUAGUCAGUCGUCAACUUUUCCUCGUCUCUCUAAACCUGUCACCACAACAGCCCCCUCUUCAGCGCAGUCUCUUACCGUAGCUCCAUCCAAUGCCUCUACCAAGGACUAUAGAUCAGCCACUUCACUCCCGGACAUCGGUGAGACCGGUGACGUUCACCGAGACAGUCGCUCGGCAACGGUAGCCAUGGCAACGGGGGAAGGAGCCAGUGCGCAGGAUCCGGGAGACGACGACGUGGUGGAGUACGAGGAGGGAUUUAAGAUGGUGGAGAAAUACAACAUCAUCUCUGUCUCUGGUACUAUGAUAAUACUGCUUUGUUUUUCGCACACAUGUAUAUAUUAGAACCAGGUUUUUCUUGAUGAUUACUCAGCUUACUUAAGCAACUAGUUGGUAUAAGUGUGCUCUAUUAAUUAAGCUACAUACAUUACUCCUAGACAAUGUUUCUAUCCAUCUAGAAAUCUACCUUGUACCUCCCACCAUAUUCUUUUCUCCUCCCUUCCUCUUCAGUUCUCUCUCUCUCUCUCUCUCUUGUCUCCCAGGAUCAGAUCGAGAUGGUCGUCCAGUGAUAGUCAUAUCGGCAUGUCGUCUCCCUCCUUCAUAUGCCAUCAACCACGACGUCCUACUCAGGUAUGGGAAGUAUUUCCUGGACAAGAUAGUGGAGCAGGACUACACACUGCUGUAUUGCCACCACGGUCUGCGGAGCCACAAUAAACCGUCUUUCUCGUGGCUGAGAAAGGUUUACGCAGAAAUGGACCGCAAGUACAAGAAGAACAUCAAGAAGGUGUAUGUUCUUCAUCCGACCAACUUCAUCAGAGUCAUGUUGUCCCUCAUGAAACCUUUCCUCAACUACAAGUUUGGGAGGAAGCUGUCCUACGUCAACAGACUUGCAGAGUUGGAACAGGUUCUGUAUCUGGACAAACUGGAUAUUCCCGACGAAGUCAAACAGUAUGACCUGUCCCUGAAGGUUCCAGUCCGCCAUCUUGCCACCUCUGACUCCCGCUCUGUCUUCCACACUCCUCUCCCUCUCUCCGGGGAGGAGGAGAAGGGAGGAGAGGCGUCCGCUGGCCACGCAGCUCGGGCCUCCAGAAGACAGUUUGGAGUGAGGCUCGAAAAUCUUCAAUUAGAUGACAACAACAUCCCUAAAGUACUGUCCACGUGUGUCGAAUAUCUGGAAAAGAAAGGAAUGGAAGUUGUUGGAAUAUUCAGAAGAUCUCCUGCCACCGCCACCAUUCAGACUUGGAAGGAGCAAUUCAACAAAGGUCACGAAGUGGAUCUGGAAUCGCACGGCGACCCUCACCUGGCUGCCGUUCUCAUCAAACUCUUUCUCAGGGAGCUCCCCGAACCACUACUCACCUUUAACCUCUACGAUCCCAUUCUGGCACUGAAAUCUCGACCGACCGAGGAGAAGGUCUCAGUGGUUCACAUCAUGCUGAGAGAAAGAUUGCCUCCCAUCAACUUUGACAUUCUCAAAUAUCUCGUCCGGUUUCUCGCCAAGGUUUCUGCGCACGAAGAAGUCAACAAAAUGUCACCGUCCAACAUCUCCAUUGUCAUUGGUCCCAACCUAAUCUGGGGCACUAACCCAGUUGCCAGCCUCGCUGCUCUCGGAGAUAUAAACUCUUUUACUCUUCUUCUCAUCAACCAUAGCUCUGAGAUUUUCCCCGAACAGACUAAAGCAUCCAAAACCGAAGAAUACUAGAUUGUGUUGUUCUAUUGUCGCAACGUGUCGGUCGUAUUUUUAUCACACUGCGUUUUAGUCAUUAAGAUUUUAUCAUCCAGUUAAUUGUACAUGAUUGCACAGAAUGUGUUAUUGAUUUCUUUGUGUUUUAAUCACCUGGUGAUAAUAAUUAUUAUGUACAACUAUACCACAAACAUUUUAAAUACGUAGCUAUUGUGAAGAUAUU